AUGGCAGAAACUGUUCAGGAAAAGAGCCGUGGACUGAAGUUUGCAGAGCAACAGCUAUUGCGUCAUGGCUGGGAACAAGGUAACUUUAAUGUUACAUGUUCAGAAAUGUAUUUAGUAACAGUACAGGAUAGUAAAUUAAUGAUGGACAAUAUGCUAGCUAAUGAACAUCUUAAGAUUACAGGCAGGAGUUUCUAUAUCAAGUGUACACAUGUCAGCUUGAACUUGCUAGUACAUUAGUAGGCAGGGCAAACCCGUUUUGGUGAUUUCUGGUAUAUCAUCGAAAGAAAUCCAUCACAGUACGUUUUUGGACUCAUUCAGCAGUUUUUACCUGAUUUUAAGUACAAUAUCAUUAGAAAUUAAUGUUUUAAGUUCAAUUUAUAUUCCUAAAACGUAUGUUGAAAAUGAUGCUGUCACUGCUUUCUGUUGACAAGACAUUUUGAUAAAUACCCCAAUGUUAAAACAGUUUUAACAUGUCCAAAUCAAUAACCAAAAUGCAGAAACAGUUUGUGAUAUCUUGAAAACCUAAGCAUAAAAUGUACUAUCAUACAUGUGCAGCAAUUAGUAAUCAUAUUACUUAUAUAUUUUUUAAUGGGCACCUUUUUAAACUGCACAUGCAUCAAAAACCCAGUUGUUUUAACAUGGCAAAAAAAUCACUGAAAUCGAUUAGGGGGGAAAUCGGGUUGUACGCACUGUUGAAACUAAAAACCACAUGAAAACUGGAGAUAUUUUUACAUCACCUGGUUAGAGAACAACCUGCAGAAGACAGUGGGCUACAUUGGGGUGAUGCAUUUUGAUUUGGGGGUCGCCAAAACAGAAAAAGAAACGCAUCACUUAUUUGUCAAUCACUCAUAUCGAAAACCACAUGGACUCUGGGAAUAAUGUGUACAUCACUGGUUAGAGGACAAUUUGUAGAAGACAGCUAGCUACAUUCCAAAGUGUUGAAUAGGGGGCAAACGUUUGGGGUGUAGCGCUGUUUAAACUAACACUUUUCAAAGGCCACACAGAAACUUUGAAUAACCUGUACAUGGUUGGUUAGAUGAGAACUUGUAGAAGGCUUAUAUCUAUAUUUUGGAAAGUCGUAUGUUGAUUUCGGGAGGCUGCCAUCACGAAAAAGGGAACAAACCACUUUCUGUUAACUUAAACGAAUCACAACGUUUGGGUUAUCAAGACCCAUAAUAUCAACAGUGACAACGGUUGGCUGUUAUUUAAGUGAUAGUUUGACUGUCAAAUCCAUUGGUGUGUGGCCAGCGACUUUUAUAGAGAGACUGCCCAAAAAUGUUCGUGCCAUUUCAUUAACGCCGCGUUCUGCGCAUCCCAGCACGUGUGACAAUCAAUGGUACAAAACCAAAGAUAUUGAUCUGCUUUAAGCAAUCAAUCUGAUGUCAUCGUGAUUACUAUAUUCUUUUAUACUAAUCUGAGGUAAAAGGAUGUGUAAUUCCACUGAAUGUUAUGGGUUGAAAAUGCAAGCUUGUGAGUAAGGUACAGUGCAUUCGGAAAGUAUUCAGACCCCUUGACUAUUUCCACAUUUUGUUUGUUACAGCCUUAUUCUAAAAUGUUCCUCAUCAAUCUACACACAAUACCACAUAAUGACAAAGCGAAAACUAAUAAAUAAAAAACAGAAAUACCUUAUUUACGUAAGUACUCAGACCCUUUGCUAUGAGACUCGAAAUUGAGCUCAGGUGCAUCCUGUUUCUAUUGAUCAUCCUUGAGAUGUUUCUACAACUUGAUUGGAGUUCACCUGUGGUAAAUUCAAUUGAUUGGACAUGAUUUGGAAAGGCACACACCUGUCUAAAUAAGGUCCCACAGUUGACAGUGCAUGUCAGAGCAAAAACCAAGCCAUGAGGUCAAAGGAAUUGUCCGUAGAGCUCAGAGACAGGAUUGUGACGAGGCACAGAUCUGGGGAAGGGUACAAAAUAUUUCUGCAGCAUUGAAGGACCCCAAGAACACAGUGGCCGCCAUCAUUCUUAAAUGGAAGAAGUUUGUAACCACCAAUACUCUUCCUAGAGCUGGCCACCCAGCCAAACUGAGCAAUCGGGGUAGAAGGGCCUUGGUCAGGGAGGUGACCAAGAACCCGAUGGUCACUCUGACAGAGCUCCGGAGUUCCUCUGUGGAGAUGGGAGAACCUUCCAGAAGGACAACCAUCUCUGCAGCACUCCACCAAUCAGGCCUUUAUGGUAGAAUGGCCAGACGGAAGCCACUCCUCAGUAAAAGGCACAUGACAGCCUGUUUGGAGUUUGCCAAAAGGCACCUAAUGGACUUCUCUGACCAUGAGAAACAAGAUUAUUUGAUUGAACUCUUUGGCCUGAAUGUCAAAUGUCACGUCUGGAGGAAACCUGGCACCAUCCCUAUGGUGAAGCAUGGUGGUGGCAGCAUCAUGCUGUGGGGAUGUUUUUCAGCGGCAGGGACUGGGAGACUAGUCAGGAUCGAGGGAAAGAUGAACGGAGCAAAGUACAGAGAGAUCCUUGAUGAAAACCUGCUCCAGAGCACUCAGGACCUCAGACUGGGGUGAAGGUUCACCUUCCAAUAGGACAACAACCCUAAGCACAAAGCCAAGACAACGCAGGAGUGGCAACGGGACAAGUCUCUGAAUGUCCUUGAGUGGCCCAGCCAGAGCCCGGACUUGAACCCGAUCGAACAUCUCUGGAGAGACCUGAAAAUAGCUGUGCAGCGACGCUCCCCAUCCAGCCUGACAGAGCUUGAGAGGAUCUGCAGAGAAGAAUGGGAGAAACUCCCCAAAUACAGGUGUGCCAAGCUUAUAGCGUCAUACCCAAGAAGACUCAAGGCUGUAAUCCCUGCCAAAGGUGCUUCAACAAAGUACUGAGUAAAUGGUCUGAAUACUUAUGUAAAUGUCAUAUUUCUGUUUUUUUUGUUUGUUAUACAUUUGCAAACAUUUCAAAAAAACUGUUUUUGCUUUGUUAUUAUGGGGUAUUGUGUGUAGAUUGAGGGUGGAAAAAACAAUAUAAUAAAUUUUAGAAUAAGGCUAACGUAACAAAGUGGAACAAUUCAAGGAGUCUGAAUACUUUCCGAAUGCACUGUAGUAACAAACUGUCCACAUUAGGGAAAUUAGCACAAUAUUCAAUUUUUAAUAUGGCAAAAAUAAUUAAACAUGUCAAUUUAAGAUGAUUGUAUAUGUUGCCCACUCACAAACCUUUGCAACAAUGACAUCUAUUUCUCACUAAUUUAACUAUUUAGAGUAAAAAUAAAUAAAAAAUGCUCUCAAACACAAUUUAACCGGGUGCUCUAGACUAGAGCCUCAAUAGUGUCUGUCCAUAGUGUCUGAAUGUUUGAUGUCCCUACUAGUAGUAGUUGCCAGUUGUGUCUAAUUCUGUGUUUUGAAUGGUAACUAGAUCUAAUGUUCUUACUCUACCACUAAUAGAAGACCCCUCACUGUUGACAGGUAAAGGUCUUGGUCGGCAGGAGAAUGGUAUAUCGGAGGCUAUCAAAGUCAAAGUGAAAUGUGACAAGGGAGGGGUGGGACAUCGUCAAGGGGAGCAGUUCACCUUCCAUUGGUGGGACCACAUCUUCAACAAAGCAUCUUCUAGCCUGGAAGUGGAAUCUGGCGAGGUAAGUCCUCAGAAGUGGUGUGUGAAAUGAAACAGAUUAUUUUACAACUAGGCCACGCAUACACACUUACAUUGGGCCUAGGCUACAUCUCCACCUUUCUGUUCUAGAAUGGUGUGCAGGUGAAGAAGUUGGUGGAGGAGGAAGAGGAAGGAAUGAUCUCCAACAAGAAGCCAACGAAAGCCAUGCUGGGAAGGGACAAACUUUAUGGAUGCUUUGUCAAGGUACAGGUGGACAAAUACAACUGGAACACACUUCCAUAUCUGUGCCAAUGAGCUCUCUUGAUAAUACAGUAAGAUACUGCACUUAGGCUAAUGAUAUGGACUGUACUGUAAUGGUUGUUUUUCUCUUAUUAAUUUUGUGUAUGGAUCUCUCCCUCCUAGUCUGCCACCCUCCUGGCAGGACUGGAGCAGCCGGAGCAGAAGUCCUCCAGUACAGAUGAUAGCAGCAGCUCUGACGAUGAGGACCAGAGACUGGACCUGUCCAGCACCACCAAGUAAGAACCUCACUGCCCAAUAAAAUCCACCACCAUACAGGGAUUAAUAUCAGUUUGUGAAGCUUAUUUGUUUUCAUAUCAUCAAUGUGAAGAUUAAACCUAUACAGUGUUAACUACAGUGGUUUUAUGUACUCAAAGGGUUAAAUAAUAAAUGCUAUUUCCCUCUCCCUUUGCAUAGACUAUCAGACGCUGACCUGGUGAAGGCUUGUGGAGGACGCACCGCUCACAAGUAAGUUGCUUGUCACCAAUACGUUUGUAAUAGAUGCUGUGUUUUUAUAAACCAUAAACAAAUAAACAAAUCACAUGAAUGUGUGUUCUAUCUUGGUGCAUGCUGUUGAUGAAUGGUUUGAACCUGGUCUUGCAUGUGUUAAUAAGGAAGCUAAACAUUGGUUUUCCCUAUUUCUGUUCCCAACAGAGGAGCCAGGCACGGCCUUACCAUGAGUGCCAAGCUAGCCAGACUGGAGCAGCAGGAGCAAGAGUUCAUGGCAAAGUAUGGCAAGAAAAACCAACUAGCGGCUGCAACACCAGAUAGCGUCACCACUACCCAACCAGCUGCCCAGAUCCCUGAGGAUGAACGGACAGACAAGACCCAGGGGAAGAAGGCCAAAAAGAAGAAGAGGAAGAAUCACUCCGAGGAUACCCAUGAGAAUGUGGCUGAAGAGAAUGCUGAUGCUGCUGUGGUCUCCGGAAGUACCAACAUGGAAGUAAAGGAGAAGAAGAAGAAGAAGAACAAAGAUAGUGGAAGUUCAAAGGAGAACACUGGGGAGGUGGUGGUGGUUCCUGAAGAACUAAUGCCUGUGGAUAAUACAGCAGACAACGCUCAGCCAACCAAGAGGAAACAUUCAAAAAAGAGGAAGGUGUUGGAAGAGGGCGAGAGCUGUCAUCUAAAUGGAGAGGUGUGUGAAACUGCUGUCAUUUCUAUAGAGAGUGAAGCUGGAGGAGGCAGUGAAGAGGCUUCAGAGGGAGAAGGUGCCACUCAGCAACAGACUGACUCAGACACUACUACCAAAAAGAAGAAGAAGAAGAAGAAGUCCUCCAAGAACAAAGAGGAGCCUCCAGUGGCUGAGGAGAUGGAACACACUAAUGAUAGAGAAACCAACCAAUUAGAAACUGUGGAGGACUCCCCUCCAAAAAAGAAAAAGAAACAGGAUGCAGCAAUAGAGAAGAGCGAGGAAUUGAGAACGGUGGAGGAGGAACCUAAAAUAAAAGGUAAAAAGAAAAAAUGCAAAGAGGACAAGCAGACCGUAGAGGACAGGUUGCACAAUGUAUCGGACUCCAUACCUCUAAAAAAGAAGAAUAAAGCUAAACAACAGAAAGCAGAUUGA